UGGUAUAAUAUUCUCUGGUAAUAGAAAACUAUCCAAAUUAACUGUUCGUAUGUUCGAAAGAAAGUAAAAGUUGAGAUAAACGAGAGAACAAUUACGAUACUGUAUUAGGAUACUUAACGUGACAUGUUUCACCUUGAAAUAGUUAUUUGAGGAAAACACAGGUGUAAACAACCCACUUGAUGCGGUCAAGUUCCAUUCGCUUUCCAGAAGAAUUACUGGCUCAAUGUCAGCUCUGUUACGUUUUCGUUCGGAGUUAGGAAGCAGGUAGGACAAGUGCAGUACUCGAGAGGCUUUUUUUUAAAAGUUGCAGACAGUUUAUUUAUCGUUCAAAAUUCAAAAAGUGUCCACUGACUGGAUUAACGGGCCAGACAGGAACAAUCAGGAUCACAAAAAUCUCUAGACACGUAGCAUGGAAAAGAACAAAGCACAACAUGACAUGAACGACGUAUACUGAACAAUGAAGUUUGACGCUAGCUUGAUGAAAAGUGGUCUCGUUUAUGUGAAUCCACCUCCCAUCUAAUAACAGUCAAGUCAUGCCUGGGUGCCGUUUCCGUCAUCACCGGAUGAUGGCGGCAUUGUGCUUCGCUGCUGAGGGGGAUCCCCUUUAACACCCCCGCCCCCUUCCUCGACGUCUCCUCAUCUCCUCUCCCCUCCGCUUUUCUCUACGCCGCCUGCUUCUCUACACAACACACAGUACAGUAGGCAGCAACAGCAGCACAAUCGUACUCAGCCCCUGCUCCAGCGUCUGCUCUUGGUAUAAACCAGCCAUUUAUCAUCAAUCAUGGCCGCCGGAGUACAAAUCUAACUCCCGUCUUCCCUCCCUGUCUGUCGUCGGGAGGGGAGGAUUUUUGGUUGUGUUCGUUUGAGGAAGCAUAAAAAUACCAGAACCACACUUAUUUGCUCUUUCCGCUCUUGGAAUUACGAUACAUCAGCAAAGGGGGAAAUUCCAUUCAUGUCAAUACUCCAAAAUGCAGCCGCCGCCGAGGAAGGUCAAAGUGACACAGGAGCUGAAAAACACUCACGCGGAGCAGAUGACAAGACUGCACAUAAAAAACCAGACUGAAUGUGACCUGCUGGAAGACAUGAGGAGUUACAGUCUAAAGAAAGGACAACUGGAGAGGGACUACGCUCAGGCUCUGCAAAAGUUGGCUAGUCAGUACCUCAAGAGAGACUGGCCUGGAGUCGAUCCAGACGACGAGAGGACAGACUACAGGAAUGUAUAUGCGGUUUGGAGGGCGUACUUAGAAGGUACUGUGCAGGUGAGUCAGUCCCGGCUCAACGUGUGUGACAACUACAAGAGUCAAGUAUCAGAUCCUGCCAAAACUGUACGACUCUACAAGGAGCAGCAGCUGAAAAAAACCAUAGAUCAGUUAAGUGGCAUCCAAGCAGAGCUGCAGGAGUCGGUAAAGGAGUUGGCCAAAGCCAAGAAAAAGUACUACGACUGUGAACAGGUUGCACAUACUGUACGAGAGAAGGCCGACAUAGAGGCCAAGUCUAAACUGGGUCUUUUUCAGUCGAGAAUUAGUUUACAAAAAGCAAGUGUUAAGCUAAAAGCUAAGAGAAGCGGCUGUAACUCAAAAGCCACACAAGCCCGAAAUGACUACCUGCUGACGUUAGCUGCGGCCAACGCUCACCAUGACCGUUACUAUCACACGGAUCUACUGCACUGCAUACAGGCCUUGGAUGGGAGAAUCUACGAGCACGUGAAAGACUACCUGGUGUCACUGUGUCAUACUGAGUUAGAGGCCUCGCAAGCUCCACACAACACCUUCCAGUUUCUGUUGGACAAGUCCACCAGGUUGAUACAGGAGUACAACCAGCAGUUGUUCAUGCAGGAGAAUCCAGUGUUCCACAAAGCACAGGACUUCCAGUUCCAGCCUAGUGAAUACGACGUGACUCUGAGCUCGGUGGAGCAGUUGGUGGACAUUGAGCCGUCGCCCGUCAGUGCCAUGAGAAUGACCCUGGCACAGAGUCGUCAGCUGGAGUCGGAGACGGGGACGACGGAGGAGCACAGUCUCAACAAAGAGGCCAGGAAAUGGGCGACGAGGGUGGCCCGGGAACACAAGAAUAUUAUUCAUUACAAGAGAUCUCUGGAGGAGUGUGAGACUCACGGGCUGCCAAACACAGAGCAAGGCAGACUAGAUGUGGAGCUAAAGAUAGAAGACACCAAAGAGAACAUACGCAAAGCUGAGACAGUAAAGUUGAAAGCUGAGGCACGUUUGGACCUUCUUCGGCAAGUGGGUGUUUCUGUGGAUACCUGGCUAAAGAGUGCUAUGAACCAGGUGAUGGAGGAACUAGAGAACGAACGUUGGGCCACGUACACGUCACACGAUCCCUCACUGUCGGGCACAGUUGACUUGGAACGUGAGGACGGCGAGGAGUGUGAGGAGAAUAUGGAGGUUUUUGACGACAGCAGCUCCAGUCCUUCAGGAACCCUUCGGAACUACCCUCUUACCUGCAAAGUCCUGUACUCGUACAAGGCCUCUCAGCCGGAUGAGUUAACUAUCGAUGAGCAGGAGAUGUUGGAAGUCAUUGAAGAUGGAGACAUGGAGGACUGGGUCAAGGCUCGCAAUAAAACAGGACACGUGGGCUACGUUCCAGAAAAGUACCUGCAGUUCCCUACCUCCAACAGCCUCCUCAGCAUGCUCCAGUCGCUCACCACGCUGGACGCCCGAUCGCACACCUCGUCCAAUUCCACCGAGCCGGAGCUGCACUCUGUCUGCAUCAACGGAGACGCAAACAUGGUUUAUGUCCGUGCACUUUACGACUACGAGGGCCAAGCAGACGAGGAGCUCUCCUUUUGCGAGGGAGCAGUGAUCCGCCUUUUGAAUCGCAACACUCAGACAGACGAUGGUUUCUGGGAAGGCGAGCUCAACGGGCGAGUGGGCGUCUUCCCUUCAGUACUUGUGGAGGAUCUGACUGAGAAUGGGGAGCCAAGUGGAGGAGGAGGAGGAGGAGGGACAGGCCUUAUAGAGAUCUCAUCAUCUGGGAAGCUACCACCUUCUCUACCGCCUCUUCCACUGUACGACCAACCUCCCAUCAGCCCUUUCACCAGCCCUGAGACCUCUACCCCACCUCCCCUCCCACGUUCACCCUCUGUUGCACUUAACGGUGAGCACAAGCUUCCUCUGCCUGCCUCGUCUCACAAGAGUUCGCUGUCCACCCACAAUCCAAGCUCUAGCAGGAGUCCAGUGUCUCCAGGAUUUCCUCAGAAUCAUCCACAGAGAUUCACCACUGACGGAAACCCUGGGAAACUACGGCCGGUGAGAGCUGCUCCUCCUCCCCCUAAACAGCAUCCCAGGAGGCCCCAGGAGAAGAGCGACAAGACAGAGGAGGUGGAGAUCACGCUGGUGUGACAGACAGACUGAGGAGGACAGACAGAUUUAUUCCACAGGACUAGGAAGCAGCUCCACUUGAAGUGAGCGUCAAUAAAGCUAUUGUAUGUGAUUUAAAAAAAAAAA